AUGACUCUUCUGGUUUUUCCAUUUGUCAAGAUCUCUUUUCUUCUCGGUUUUGCUUUACCUGGUUAUGGCUCUUCUAAUGGUUUGGAACUGGUUGGAAUGACAAGAAUGGAGACUCUGGACGGAGCACCAAAUGCAAGUCAACUUGUGUUACAGGCAUUGGACUUGGUCGAGGAUGACUGGUGUCUAGGAUCAUUUAUGAAUCUAGAGGCUGGAUCUAGUGCUCAAGCAUUGGACUUGGUCGAGGAUGACUGGUGUCUAGGAUCAUUUAUGAAUCUAGAGGCUGGAUCUGGUGCUCAAGUAGGUGGAGGCUAGAAGGCAACAUGCAGGGAAUACAGUAUAUCGCCUGUAGG